CACAUCACCUUCCAAAGAAUGUGAAAUGUCAGACGAUGACCAUGCAUCUGAUAUUGACUACAUACCAAAUUCAGAAUCUGCAGAAGCUGAUGAAGACUCAGAUGUUAGCAUCCCUCUUCAGCCCAUCAAGUCUAAAGUUGGACAAAUUCAAGGAAACCCAACAAUACCCGAUCUCACUUCAUUCUUGCCAGACUCAAGUUCUGUGGUUGAACCUUGCACAUCAAAUUACUGGCCUCCUUUUCACAUAGAUGAUAUGGGUGAUGGCACAUUCGAAACAUUCAGCCCAGCCAAGUCUACCAAAGACUCAAACAAUAAACCAAAAAGUCAAAAGGAGCUUCACAAACAGGAAUCCUCACAGCAUAUUUUGAGUGCUAAGAACUACUGCUUUGUAUGUGGUAGGCCACAGACCAAAAUUUCACGCCAUUUAAAAACCCACAAGACACAUGCUGAAAUUGCUUAUGCCUUUUCCCUUCCGGAAGACUCAAAAGAGCGCAAUGUUCUUCUAGAAAAAAUGAGAAACAAGGGGAACUUCAAACAUAACUGUGAGGUUUUACAAAGUGGGAAAGGAUCGUUGAAAGUUAAGAGAAAGCCAAAAGCAAAGACUGGAACAUUUAUACAUUGUAUGUACUGCCAAGGUAUGUACAUUCGAAAGGAACUAUGGAGACAUGUCCAAAGAUGCCCCUGUAAGCCACAAAAUGAAGAUUUGAACCAAGGACAUGGAAGAACCAAAGUACUGGGUUUUGCUAUGGCUCAAGAGUCUGCAUUCUGUCAAGAGAUUUCAAGUGGGGUUUGGAAGCUCCUUGGUCCCAUGAAGCAGGAUGAUGUAGCCACAGUUGUGAGAAAUGACCUGACCAUUAUUCAGUUUGCCCAGUCUCUCUACAACAGACAUGGACAAGACCCUACUAAGUAUGAGUACAUCCGACAGAAGCUCCGUGAAAUUGGACGUCUGUUAAUAUGUCUACGGUCUGAAUUCUCUAUACAUAACUUGGAGGAAGCUGUGAAACCUGCUAACUUCCAAAGAGUUGUCCAGGCAGUAAAGAUUGUCUGCGGUUUUGAUGAAGAAAAGCAUUCAUACCAAACACCAAGUCUUGCACUAAAACUGGGACAUACACUACAGAAAAUCAGUGACAUUAUCCAUUGCCGAGCGCUCAUGGCAGAAGAUGAAGAACUGAUUAAGUCAACAGACACUUUCAAAAAGCUGUAUACAUCCAAGUGGUCUGAGUUAGUGUCACAUACUGCCUUGAACACUCUGAGUCAUGCCAAAUAUAAUAAGCCAUUAACCUUACCAUUCACAGAAGAUGUUCAGAGUCUUCAUAGGUACCUUAAGAAAUCUGGAGAAAAUGCAUUUUCUAACUUGAAAGAAGAGGUCAGCCCCCAGAAUUAUGCAGAACUUGCAAAAGUUACUCUUGCACAGGUCAUUGUGUUCAAUCGAAGACGAGCUGGAGAAGUCUCAAAGAUGCGUCUCAGAGGUUUCCAGCAGAGAGAUGACUCCAAGCUCCAUGAAGAUGUUGCUGCUGGAUUGUCCAAGGUUGAAAAAAGGCUCUGUAGCUACUUCAGUCGUGUUGAAAUAAUUGGAAAAAGAGGUCGAAAAGUUGCGGUUCUCCUUUCUCCAGAUGUGGUGGAUGCUCUGACUCUGCUGGUCAGCAAAAGAGAGCAAUGUGGUGUUUGCUCCACAAACAUCUUUCUUUUUGCCCGACCAAGAUCUCAAAGUCACUACAGGGGCCAAGACUGUUUGCGUGUUUAUGGAAGCCAAUGUGGGGCGAAGCAUCCCGAGUUCCUCAGGUCCACGCAACUCAGGAAGCAUGUUGCCACAUUGUCACAAGUCCUCAAUCUCAAAAAUAAUGAAAUUGACCAGGUGGCUGACUUCCUGGGACAUGACAUUCGUGUCCACAGGGAAUUUUAUCGCUUACCUGUGCCAACAACACAACUGGCAAAGAUUUCUAAGCUUCUUUUGUCCAUGGAGAAAGGACACGUAUCCACCCUGCAAGGAAAAUCCCUUGAUGACAUCGAAAUCGAAGAUGAAAUAGAACUAAGUGAGGAUGAAGAAAAGGAAGAUUUAAGUGACUUGGAUGACUGCGAUUCUGUGGAACCUGAGGAACCCGUGGAAACCGUGGAAUCUGUGGAACCUGAGGAACCUGUGGAACCUGUGGAACCUGUGGAACCUGAGCAAAGCAAGAAUAUUGAUGAUUUGUUGGGAGCAGUGUCAUCGACAGCAGAGGAAACUGUCCCUCCUGUUGAAGGCAAGUCAAGUUUCCUUAUGAGUCUGUGUUUUGAUCCUAGCUACAUUUAGUUAAAGCAUAAUUCUACUGCGCUGACCAUAUUAACUAGUUCAUGCUUAAAGGCCAUGCA